AUGUCUUCCUCGCUCGAUGCGCCUGCGGGCGUCACCCGCCCGAUUGUCUUCUUCGAUAUUACCAUCGGCGACACACCGGCCGGACGCAUCAAGAUGGCGACAUCACGCCCAAGCAGCUCUGCACUGGAGAGCACAGGUUCCGCAGGGAUACAAGAAGGCGACCUUCCACCGCUACCAGCGUCCCGCAAGUUAGCUGACCUCAGUAUCCCGCAGUUCAUGUGUCAGGGAGGAGACUUCAUCCGUCACGACGGCACGGGCACGUUCUCCAUCUACGGCCCGCAAUUCGACGAUGAGAACUUCGAGGUCAAGCACAAUUCGCCCGGCCUGCUGUCCAUGGCCAACUCGGGACCGAACACGAACGGAUGCCAGUUCUUUAUCACGACGGCGCCGGCCAACUUCCUUGACGGCAAGCACACCGUCUUCGGACGUGUCAUUGACGGCCUCCUCACCGUGCGCAAGAUUGAGAACACGCCGACAGGCGCGAACAACCGCUGA